UGUGGCGUUUGGUAUCGUGAAAAUUUUGACAUUUUAAAACACAAAAAUAAAAUAUCAAUCGCUGCUCGUGAAUUUUAUUGAAUUUUCCGCAUUUUCCAAGUGCAAAUGCCACCAAAACUCAAAUUUGCCGAAGGUGAAAAGGUCCUGUGCUUCCAUGGACCUCUCAUAUAUGAGGCCAAGGCGCUCAAGAGUCAGGUGCUAAAGGACAAACAAGUGCGGUACUUUAUUCACUAUGCAGGAUGGAAUAAAAACUGGGAUGAAUGGGUACCGGAGAAUAGGGUGUUGAAGUACAAUGAGGCAAAUGUGCAGAAGCAGAAGGAGGUGUCGAAGCAGCACGCAAGCCUGGCGGCGAAGAAUAAAAAGGCACCCGGAAAGAGCAAGAAGUCGGACGUGCAGACAGCAAGUACGUCCAGUAAGGAUAAGGACAGCGAUUCGCGUGCAUCGACGCCGUCCAAGGAGCUCACCACCAAAGAGACCAAUGUGUCACAGGGGGCUACACCCGCAGCCGCACCCUCAUCCACGAGGCGCUCGGUGAAACCCACAAAUGCCCAGGAUGCAUCCACGGAGCAGCCGCGAAAGAAGCGUGGGCGCCUCGAUACGAAUGCCGAAACGGAGGAACAAUUCCUCUCGAAGGUGGAGAUCAAGAUUAAAAUACCCGAUGAGCUGAAGCCAUGGCUUGUGGAUGAUUGGGAUGCAAUUACGCGGCAGCACAAAUUGGUGGAGUUGCCGGCCAAGGGGACGGUGCAGGAUAUCAUUGAUGGGUAUGUGCAGUACAAAAAGAGUAGCAAGAGCACAACACCCACAAAGGAGACUGCCCUCACGGACGUGGCCAAUGGCCUAAUUGAGUACUUCAACGUGAUGCUCGGCUCGCAGCUACUCUACAAAUUUGAGCGUCCGCAGUAUGCGGAGAUACUGCAGCAGCAUCCGGAGAAGCCAAUGGCUAAAAUUUACGGUGCUGAACAUCUUUUGCGCCUCUUUGUCAAACUGGGAUCAAUGCUCGCCUUUACGGCACUCGAUGAGAAAUCCAUUCAGAUUCUCCUCGUUCACUUACAGGACUUUCUCAAAUAUCUAGUGAAAAAUAGCUCUACCCUCUUCAAUAUGCAGCACUUUGUCAAUGCCAGCCCUGAAUACCAUCGCAAGGCGCAGUAGGAUGGGAUAUCUGGCUAUACGGAGGCUCUCCCCCAACACGCUCCCCAGGUAAAGUAACAACAUAUUUUACCAAAAUAAAUACAAAAAAAAAAAAACAAAUAUUGCAAAAAAUCAUUAAAGUAAUAUUAAUUGUUUCAAAAGGAGAAGAAAAGAAAAGUCCUAUGAGGGUACAGUAGGACAUUCAUUCAUAUCUGCACAUUAUCUCGCAUUAUUCAUACUACGGAAAUCUUUUACAUUACAACAAUGUAAAAUUUGCAUUAAAAAAAUUAAGUAGAUUUUGAUUUAAUUGAUUUUGUUGAUGCCAAAAAAUCAGAAAAUUAGAAAAAAAAUUGACUUUGACGCAACAAAAACGUUACAAAUAUAUUUUAAAAAUAUUAAAUUUAACAAUAUUUUGUAUUAAAUUGAACAAAAAUUGAAAAAAA